ACACGGGAAGGUUCUAUCGCUGAAAUCAUGGAAAUCUAUGUUAUUUCUCGUUCUCAAACCCUCAAUAUUAUCUAGCGGUGUGUUUGUUUUUGGUUAAUUACAGGGCAAAAAGCAAAUGUUUUGUUUACUCGUGUCUCCUCGCCGCUGGCAUAUACCUAUGGCCGCUGGAUUGUAGUGGAACUAAAGUACUGAGCGUCUGUCGUCGAACACGGAAGGAAUAAGCAGCGGACCGACCAACUCAAUGUCGUGCGACUGACCCUGGACUAAAUAUAACUUUAUAUUAUGAGGGUUUCAUCCUGAAACAAAGAUGCUCUCUGUUGUAUUUAGAAGAAGCCCCUUUGCAGCUCAGAAGUUGUUGCACUGGGCAGGUCCUCCACGAAGAUGCUGGACAUCAGCCCUGACCAGAGCCUCAGAUGGUGGAUCUGUCUCCUCCUGCUGGUCUUCAUUAACCAAGCUCCUGUCUACAAAAAGGGACACUGGACAAGUGAAACCUCUAGCUGUCCUUGGGUUCAGGAAGACUGAGCUCCUCCAGCCAACACAGACUCAUAAUGCUUCAUUUCCAGUGAGGAACCAACAUUUCCACUCUUCUGCUGUGAGGCUGAAGAAGCGACCUUUGCCUAAACCUAGUCCCAGAGAGCUGGAUCUGCUGCGCUAUGACAUGAAGCACUUGUGGGAAGGUCCCAACCCUGCCCUCUAUUUGGGGUUUGCGGGGCUGAUCCCCUUCGUCUGCCCCACUCUGCUUAUGGCUAUGACUGAGACCUACUACCCAGAGUUAGCUUACGCCCAGGUAGCCUACGCCGCAUCCAUAAUUUCUUUCCUGGGCGGAGCUCGUUGGGGAUUUGCACUUCCUGAGGGCAGCCCAGCCAAACCUGACUGGGUCAACCUGGCCAGCAGCGUGGUUCCCCCCCUGUUAGCCUGGGCGACCAUGCUGAUGAGCGACAACAUUGUUCCUGCAACCACCAUGGUUAUCAUGGGACUUGGAAUAUCACUGCAUUAUGAUCUGUCUCUGCUUCCCACUUAUCCCAGCUGGUUGAAAGCCCUGCGUGCCGUCCUGACCACUGUGGCAUUUUUUUCUCUAUUUGGUACACUCGUGAUGAACGGUUUUUACCCAGAAAAGACAUUCUUUUCAGAUUGAAAAGAGAUUUUUAUGUUGCACCAUAUCUACAUUUGGGUGAUCCAACUUAAAGAUUUUUCUUGAUAUUAAUCCUAUUAACUGUCUUAAUCAGAGGUCUGUCGGAUUGAAUGUCUUUGUUGGGAGUAACUGUUUGUACAUCAUUCUGUACAAAUAAAACAUUUCAUCAGCACCUAACUUUUAUAA